CAACAACUCGAAGAAAAUGACAAACUCAAUAAAACACUUGCCAUGCUAAAAAAGACCCAAUCAAGAAUUCAUGCUCUAGAUAAGGAAAAAAAGGAUAUGAGUGAGGAGAUAGAGCGUCUCCAGGAGUCAUUUCGAGUUUCUGAACAAAAUGCAACCGACAAAUUGAAAAAAUUGACGGCUGAAAAGGAAGGAUUGUUUGAUCAAUUACAACUGAAACAAGCAGAAUUCGACUCAUCACAAUCAUUGCUCGAAACAUUACAACAUGGUUCCAAGGAGAGGGAGCGUCAGUUAAAAGAAACUGAAGAGCGUUCUCAAGCAUUGGAAGAAGAAGUAACAUCAUUAAAGAAACAUCUUAAGGAAAUGAAGCGAGAGAACGAAACUUUGAAAACAAAAGUGGAAGAUUUAAAUGGAAUCACAGAGAAGUUUGAAAUUGUGACCAAGCAGUCUGAAAAUUAUAAACAAGAAAAAGAAAAAGUAGAGUUAGAAUUAACCGAAAUUAAACGUAAUUCCGAUGUUCAAAUACAAGAUAUAGUUAAACAAUUGACAGAAAAAGAGCAAGAAAAAAGCAAGCUAAUGACAGAAUAUCAAGAAAAAGAUGAACUUUUGAAAUUAGCACAGAAUGAGAACGAUUCUCUGAAAAAGCAGAUACGAGAAUUAGACGAAAAUGUGCGCGUACUUACCACAAAAAUGGCUAAUGUUGACGAGAACUCUGCCAAAUAUCGGGAGUUGGAACAUAACCUUCAACGAAAUAAAGAAGAGUAUGAAAAAUUACUCGAGGAAGCCCGUAUGCGAGAAG